AUGUCGAGUGGCUCGGCCUCGAAACUCGUGAACGGUGAGAAUAAGAAGGAGAACGUUCACGGGUACGAGUACCUGAACAGGAAAGAAAACGAGAGCGGCGCUGCUGGCAGCACUGGCUCUUCCAUAGUUGUUCUUGCUGGUGAUACUAGUAACGCUACUGCUAUCGUUGCUGGUGCUGAUACUGGUACUGGCACUGGUACUGGUGCUGGUACUACUGUUUCUAGUGCUACUAGUGACAGCGGUAGUGGUAGUGGUUGUUCCACCAUUCGUGGUAACGGUGACAGUGGUAGUAAUAGCGGUGUCUGUGUUACCGGCUUGACCGCCGGGGGCGUCGUCGGCGUGGAGUUUUGUGACGUUAACUCUGAUCUCAAGACACCAGAGAAUCACGAAGAGAUACGCGAUCAAGGGGAUGUGAAUUCAGGAACAGAGUACAGCGAAACCGAAUUCCAGGAAUCGUACACAGGAACGUGUAUUGAGACGCCAAUCGUCAAUCUCACCACCACUACCACCACCACCACCGCCACCACCACCACCGUCACCAUCAUUGAGCACGACGAUCGAACGACUACGAUCGUUCCUGCUCCUUGUUACGAAGAAGACGAGGAAGAGGAUAACGACGAGGAGGACGACGACAACAUGGUCGCGGCGAUGAACGAACACUUGUCUACUACGUCGGCGACCAGCGGCGUUCGGAGCAACACGGUCUCGACGACCAGCACUACUGGUAACUCUGUCGUCAACCAAAAUAAUAGUUGCUCCCGCAAUGAAUUCCAAAACGUUGACGAGGAUGGUAAACCAGCCGCCGGAAUACUCAGUUUCCCCUGUGAUUUCGAUCACAUGUACGCCAGCAUGACAGACGGUGGAGCUCCCGCGGCAGCCACUGCCACCUCCGCUCUUGGUGUCAGCCCUCUUCGAGGUAAUGAACCACGCCAGAAUGAUCUUACAGAAGUCAAACAUCUCAAGGAGCUCUUGCUUCUUCAUCUCGAUUUGAUUCAACAACAAUCCGAGCAAAUCGUCACCAAGGAUAAACUUUUAGCGGCUCUACGACAAGAAAACGAAACGCUUAAGCUACGUUUGGAGCGCAUGGACAGACGUGUAAAUUUACAAAAGCUCCGGUCAGAAAAUAAUGAAAAUUCCAUUACAUCAGAACAUAUAGGAGCAUGUUCCCCUCCAACUAUUAACUCUGUGAAUGUGCCAUCAACUAGUGAACUUCACAGGAAUAUUCAGUCUGAGAACAAUAAUUCUCAGUACAAUGAAAGCUUUAAAAUACGUUUGAAUACUAGUGGUGGAAUUACUACUGUUAAACAGGAACCAAAUGAUAAUCAAAGCAAACAUGAGACAAAAAUAGAGACUGGUAAUGAUAUUAGAUUAGAAUGGGAAGAGAAGAAGAAGAGGAGAACAGAUCCAGUGCCACUAUCCGGUGGAAGCAAAAGAAAAAGGGGUGUUUCCUGUUCAUCUACUAUUAGUAAUGACACAUCGUUGACAGUACAAGAUAAGACAUUAGCUCUGGAAAGCAACAGGAAAGGUGAUAGAAAAGGAAAACCACUAACAAAGAAAGAAUCCUUUCUUACUACAGAAGAACAUUAUUAUACAGCUAUUGGGGAUUCUAAUUACACGUUAAGUUUAAAAGAACCUAAUCCAGUAGAAAGUGAUACCUCGUUAGAAGUUCCAAAUUGGAGGGUAAAAAUAUAUACAAGCUGUUAUACAAUGGAAGGAACUGAGAACUUGGAUGAUGAAAUUUUUAACAAAAGACAUUUAAAAUUAGAAAAUGAUGAAAGAAGAAGAAAAAGAUGGGAUGUACAAAGGAUAAGAGAACAGAGGCAUAUUGAAAAGUUGAAACAAAGACAAGAACGACAGAAUCACCAAGCAACAUGUUACAAUACAAAUCAUACUGGACCUUGUCCUUCUGCUGUUGAAGAAGAAGCUGUAUCAUCAUUAUGGCCUGAUGUAGAACAAAUACAAAGUCUUCAAGUGGAUCCUCAAUUACCUGUUACUGCAUUUGGUGCUCCUAUUCCUAGUUUCACUCCAAGCGAAUUUUCUUUACCUUGGACAAACAUGUCUCGAUCGAACAGUCGACGCCCAAAGCGAUCAACAGGUAGAAGAAAAUCCACUAGGAGAUAAACUUUUACAAGAGUGGACAAGACUAUUUUUGUCUAAUAAUUUUUAAUCUUUGUUAUAGACUUACUUCCUCAUGCUUCCGUUUUUUCUCUUUUCUAAAAACAUAUUCUUUUUAUUAUGUGAAAUA